GGGUAACAUGAAGUGAGGGGGUGAGGGGUAACUUUUCUGGGGGGACUCGAGGGAAUAGCGAUUUUACCCUCCCCCAUUUUCUUUCGACACCAUGUAUCUCCGGGAGUGUCGUCAAUGAUAUGUCUGGUAGUUCCGGUUAUCAAUCUUCAGGUUACUCGAAAGAUUUCCCUAUGGCUUCUUUGCAACCCCCCUCCAGCAAAUCGGUGGAGCAACCGGUCCCGCCGAAGGAUUGUGGACUGUCCACAGGCAAAACAACAACGCCAGAAGCCAUUCACGAGCCUUAUUUGGAUGAUCUGGGCGACAAGCCUCCGCCGCCAGGCGCCGUAGAAGACGGCAAGACACCCAACGGCCAAACAGAGAAAGCCACCCCCGAGACAUCGAAGCCCGGCGCUGAAACAUGGAGCUCACCGGUGCCCUUGUAUUGCACAGUCAAUGGACGAAGCCAUAGCAUAUUAACAGACUUUGGGUUAAGUAUAUGUCCUCGUUGUGAUAUAAACCUUUUGGAGACACCGCGCCGAGGUGUAACGGAUGAUCAAGCAGGGCCUGCCGAGAGCGCUGACGAUAGCGCUGACGAGAGCGCCGACGAGAGAGACGAUGGUUUGACGGACAAGGAUUACAACCCGGCAUGCCACUGCCCUCAUUGCAAUAGAUUCCGUCUCCGCAAGAGUUUCAAGCACGUCCCGCUUCGUCAGCAGGAAACGGGCGAAGAACAUAACCAGCAACCAAUGGUGGCAUACUCGGUGGAAUAUCUCGACCGCGAGGAAGGACAUAUCGGCAUACGUCCCUGGCCGACGACGUUUGACCUCGAGGUCGCCCGGCAGGGUGUCUUGAAGUACAAAGCCUCAGUCUUUAGCGUGGUAACUGUGCUGAAGACCUCCCAUGCGCCCGAGGUCUUUCGUUACAUCUCAGACGACCUCAGGCGUAACAGGGUGUCUCGCAUCAUGGAAGAUCCCGACGUCACAGUGAACGUGCACGCAACAAAAAUUGUAGUUGGGUCGCAGGCUCUCCUAAAAGCUCUCCGAAUGGUAGUGCGUUACUACCCCCAACUCGAUCUUGAAGGCAGGUCUUUGGAGUUGGAUGAGCCUUACGCGGUCAUCGGUCAUCAUUUGGAAGAGCUCGAGAGCCUUCGUAAGGGUACAUGGGCUGAGAAGCAAGCGCCAGAUUCCAUUCCGAGAGUCGCGUCAGAACCUGGGGCGGAUGAUGAUGAGGACUUGAACGCCAAGGCAGGAGAGCAUCUUGGAUUGCUCCUCGACUAUCUCCACGCCAACGUUUACAAGGACAGGAUACCAGCUGAACGCAGCCUGCACCAGCGAAAUCUUUGCACCUUCGAGAUGCUGUGGCUCUUGUUCAAGCCCGGCACCACUGUUUACGUGGAAUUUCGAGGUAACCUUGCGGCUCAUGUGGUCCAAUCGGUGGUGUCUGAUGCCGCUAUUCUUUCCGACCCGAAACAACGACUCACGCCAUACAAAAUCAGGUUGUGGUCGCUAACAUAUGACGGGCGGUUUGUUGGCCGAAGCUCAACGGAGGUGGUUCUUCCUCCAUUUGGCGGGGAGCGCGCAAUCACAUCCUUGAAGGUCUUUCCGUGCGAGUAUUUCGAUAAGAGCGACGGCGGGAAAACCAAAAGGCGGUUAGAGGAGAAUGGUAAAAAAUGGUACAACCUUUUGCUUGGGAAACAAGUACGUUACCGGGGUGAGCUGUUCGAUAAAGGCUCCUUAGAAGCCAGAGACAGCCUCAGGAUGAGGGAGAGGAUCGGCCCAAAUCCCUCAAAGGGCCCGAAUCGCGAACAGUUACCGCCGCCACCACCACCGCCGCCGUGGAUUCCCCCGCCCAUGGAUCCGUUCAUGCGAGGGGCUUCACGAGAAGUUACAAGACAAGGGCCGCUUGAUGGCAGGGUCUACAUAGACUCUGCGGCUUAUUACACUCAAUGGCCUGGGGCGGCACCGGAAAUUUGCAAUACUAACGACAUUGGACAGAACUUGGCUAUGUGUGGCUGUGAAGAGUGUUACGGGAGAAGACCCCAUCCUCCGCCGAACUUUCCUUAUGCGUCCUAUGACUUGUUGGAUCCCACCCGCGUGAAGGAUCUCAAUCUCGGACCUGGAGAUCACGAUCCCAACCACAGAUACUUGCUCUGCGACUCGCUCCUGUACGGUAUCGUGCUGAAGUCCAGAACCUGGGAGACUUUUGACGUGGCCCGCUGCUUCGAGCCGAAUAUCAACCCGGGUGCUAUUGAUACAUUGGUGAUGCCAGCUCCCCGGAAACAGAUGAUCAAGGCCCUGGUUCAGAAAUUUACCGACCCAAAAGACAGUUUAGCUACGUCCUGGCGCGCCGACUUCAUCGAAAACAAGGGGGAGGGUCAGAUAUUCCUACUUCAUGGUGGCCCCGGCGUUGGGAAGACAUAUUUCAUUUCCGAGAGCUCACGAAUAACAAGCAAUGUCUUGUAUCAGACCGCAGAAUGUAUUGCCGAAUACACGAAUCGUCCACUGCUCUCGCUCACCUGUGGCGAUAUCGGCAUCAACGAAAUCAGAAUGGAGCAGCAGCUCUCAAAGUGGUUCAGACUUGCUGAAAAAUGGGGGGCUGUCAUGCUGAUUGACGAGGCCGACGUUUAUCUCGAGCGACGCGUUGUUAGUGAUCUUGAACGCAAUAGUCUUGUGUCGGUCUUCCUCCGUUGCAUCGAAUACUACAGGGGCAUCUUGUUCUUGACCACCAAUCGUGUAGGGCAUUUUGAUGAUGCCUUCGUUUCCAGAAUUCACGUUGUCAUCAAGUAUGAUCCUCUCAGCGAAGACAACCGCCACCAAAUCUGGACACAGUUCUUCGACAAACUCACCGACGAGCGUCAGGAUUUCAUCAUCACUGGGCGUGCCAAACAGUACGUUUUGGAGGAUGAUAUCAUUAAAAAGCUCGAAUGGAAUGGCCGUGAAAUCCGGAAUGCUUUUCAAACGGCAGUGGCCCUGGCGGAAUUCCGUUUCCUACAGAAAGGUGACAAGUCCAAGCAUGAAGGCCCAACCCUGGACCAGAAAGACUUUGAGCAGGUGUGCGACAUGACAAGGCAGUUCAAGGAGUAUCUUCAUGAUCUCCACGGGCUCGAUGAGGAGGGCAGGGCCUACAAUGCCAGAGCGAGGGCAGGCAACCAGGACUGGGUAAGGAGUACCGCGAAGUAACAACCAAUAUUCAUUCAUGAUGGUCAAAACAUGCCCCUCAAGGUCCGUUGGUCUGAUGCAGUUAUGUAUGUCGUCAACAAAUGUCACAUGGUUUGGCAUUAUCAUGUUGUCGCCACCGUCCAAUUACAAAGGCGAAAACACCCACAUGUUCCUGACGAUCCCCCGCACCUUUUCCUCCCGCUCACUACCCUAUCUCAAUUCCAACACGCACCUGGGUAAGAGACACACUCCAGCGUUACAGUCAACCACUUUCUCCCUCGUUCUAGUUUCUUAGCUUGCAUCUAUUAUGCAUGAACUGGAAGGUGCCCACGUGCCCGACUGAGCACAUAAGUCGAAUAUGCCCUCCAUGAGAACAGCAGACUUCCUCACUCUCACUACCAACUGCACGUUUCCGCCAGAGUCAUGGCCCUCCUGCGCAGAUUAGGCGUCAUCGUCGUGUGGGCGAGCACGGCGCUCACACCCCCAGCCAUCUCCUCCUCCUGUCUCCACAACAACAUGUCAAGGCAAAACCUACACCUACAACGAACUCGCUGGCUUCGGUUCCAUCCCCUCUGACACAAGAGAUAAAUUCGGCGACACCAUCAGCAUCGGCUCCUCAACCGCGAUCACCAACUGGAAAAAGCGAUCUGCCGGUGGCAAAAACAAACAAACAUACUACACCGGCACCCUCUACGGCCUCCCAGACCGAGGCUGGAACACCCAAGGCACCCAAAACACUAUCCCUCGCGUUCACACAUUUGACGUAACAUUCACCUCUGCCCCGGCAUUAUCUUAAUCCCUCCCCUCCCAUCUAACCUCCUUUUUAAAUACAAAUCUACCAUCCUCCUCACCUCCCUGAGCGGUAAACCCCUGACCGGCCUCGAUCUAACAUUAUCAUUACCCUCCCCGGCUUCCCACCCCUUCCCGCAUCCACCUACCCCGGCGAUGGCUUCGGUGGGUCUGGUCCUGGAGGCAAACGUAUCGCUGUUGAUGCGGAAGGGUUGGUCCUGAACGAUGAUGGGGCAUUUUGGAUAAGCGACGAGUACGGUCCGUAUAUUUACCUCUUCUCCCCGAGCGGAAAGCUCCUUUCUGCCAUUGCACCACCAGAUACUUUGCUACCGUUAAGGAAUGGGACCCCCAAUUUCAGCAGCGACAACCUCCCUAUUUUUGAUUCUGGGAAACGACCUGUUCCUGCUAACCCGAGCCAGGGGAGGUCAAAUAACCAGGGAUUUGAGGGGUUGACUGCCAGUUCUGAUGGGAAGGAGCUGUGGGUUAUGUUGCAGAGCGCGGGGAGGUUGGAGGGUGGUGGGAAUGCUACUAUAAGGAGGUAUACGAGGUUAUUAAGGUAUAAUAUUAGUAAGAGAAAAAGCAAAGGGGAGAAGAAAGUAAAGUACUCCGGGGAGUAGGUUAUACCUUCGCCUAUAUUUAUUAAUAGGCAAGGGAGGGCGAGGGUGGCGGCGUAGAGCGAGAUUAAGUAUAUUAGUAAGAAGCAGCUGCUUGUCCUACCGAGGGAUAGCGAUAUUAGUACUUACAUUAAUAGCCCGACGAGUGUGUAUAGGUAUAUGGAUGUAGUUAAUAUUGGGAGGGCGACGGAUAUAAGGGGGGUAAGGUAUAAUAGGUUUAAUAACUCGAUUGCGAGUUUAGGUUUAUAGUUUAAUUUCUAAGAUAGGCUACUAAAUACUAACGAGUUAAAAGCAAAUGGAAUCUUAAAGCUAGA